CGCGCGUCGAGACGCGUCACCUCUUCAGCCACAACCUCCCUUCCACCGCGCGUCCACCGUACCGCUCUCCCUCUUCAUUCAAUCUCUUCUCAUUACACCACACAAGCCACUAUGGAGACGAUUGAUAUCAGCCGUUUGAAGUCAGGAGAGGUCAACCUUGGUACCUCCAUUAUGGCGGUCCAGUUCAAGGACGGCGUCGUAGUGGGCGCAGACAGUCGAACGACCACCGGAAGCUAUAUCGCGAACCGUGUUACGGACAAGCUCACGCACGUCCACGACCGCAUCUACUGUUGUCGAUCAGGCUCCGCGGCCGACACGCAAGCGAUUGCGGACUACGUCCACUACUAUCUCCAACUAUACGCACAAAUGCACGGCGAACGGCCACCAGUCCACACAGCGGCGAGCGUGUUCGAGAAGUUCUGUAUCAUCGUAGCGGGGUGGGACAAGGAAGCGGGUCCCAGUGUCUACAACAUUCCUCUCGGUGGAGGUCUCUUCCGGCAGCCAUGGGCCAUUGGAGGCUCUGGUUCUACCUACGUGUAUGGUUACUGCGACGCGACAUACCAGGAUGGAUGGGGCAGGGAUGAGACGGUCGAGUUCGUCAAGAACACUCUCGCGCUGGCCAUGUCAAGAGACGGCUCUCUGGUGGUGUAUUCGCAUGUGCGUGAUCACCGAGGACAACGUUGA